AUCUUUCUCCCAUUAAUGUCUGAUUCAAAAAAUAUUCAUAAAGAUAUGUUCUUUCUGAAAAGUUCUUCAAUUCCAUCACUAAAUACUUCAGUGAGAUGAUAAUCCUUGCAAAACCAAGCACAAUAAGAAAACCCCAAAAUAGUUCACUGUAAAAAUCCCAAAAUAGAAUCAAUGGCAGUUUUCUUAUCUGCAACAGCCACCAAAUUGAGCUUCAAAUUUUCCAACAAUGGCGGCAAAAGAGAAAACCCACCAUCAAUUUCCCCUUCUUCAACAGGAAUUAGUUUUGGCAAAAACAAGCUUAAUAAUAAGAAGUCAUUAGUUGUUAGUUGUGGUGUUAAAAUCCAAGAAAGUGAGAAAAUUGAUGGGAAAAUUAGACAAAGGAAAGGUGGUGGGAGUAGGGUUUUGAGUGAGGGUAGAGAUGAGGAUGAGAGCUAUGCUCCUAUUUGUCCUGGUUGUGGGGUUUUUAUGCAAGAUAAGGACUCAAAUCUUCCUGGUUUUUUUCAAAAAAAGGAGGUAGUUAAAUCAGAAAUUGAGGAUGUUGAGGGUGAACUUGAGGUGUUUGAUGAAAUUGAAGAAGAUUAUGAUGAUGAAGAAGAAGAGUUUUUGGAUGAAAUUGAGGGAAGUGAUGUUGAAGAAAGUGAAUUGGGUAGUGAGGAUGAUGAGCUUGAUUGGGAUUCUGAUGAAUGGGAAGCUAAGUUAUUGGGUGAGGAGGAAGAAGGUAAUUCAUUGGAUUUGGAUGGAUUUACUCCACCAGGGGUUGGUUAUGGUAACAUUACUGAGGAUUUUUUGAAGAAGUUGAAGAAGGAGAAGAUAUCGAAAUCGGAGAAGAAGAGGAAAGUUAGGGAAGAAGCUAUUAAGGAGAAAGAGGAGGUUACAGUUUGUGCUAGAUGUCAUUCUUUGAGAAAUUAUGGGCAGGUGAAGAAUCAAGCAGUUGAGAACUUAAUACCCGAUUUUGAUUUCGAUAGGUUGAUUUCUACCAGGUUGGUGAAACCAUCUGGGAAUUCUAAUUCCACAGUUGUUGUUAUGGUUGUUGAUUGUGUUGAUUUUGAUGGUUCAUUCCCAAAACGAGCGGCUAAAUCGCUGUUUAAGGCUUUAGAAGGGAACAAAGAUGAUCCAAAGCUUAAAAAAAGGUUACCAAAGCUUGUUCUUGUUGCUACAAAGGUUGAUCUUUUACCAUCACAAAUUUCGCCUACUAGGUUAGAUAGAUGGGUUAGGCAUCGUGCUCGGGCUGCAGGGGCGCCUAAACUAAGCGGGGUUUAUUUGGUUAGCUCUCGUAAGGAUUUGGGAGUGAGGAAUUUGCUUUCCUUCAUCAAAGAGUUAGCCGGUCCUCGAGGGAAUGUAUGGGUUAUUGGGGCUCAGAAUGCUGGCAAAUCUACUUUAAUAAACGCGCUUGCAAAGAAAGAAAGUGCAAAAGUUAAAAAGCUAACAGAAGCUCCUGUUCCCGGGACAACUCUCGGGAUCAUAAGAAUAGGAGGGAUUUUGCCUGCCAAGGCGAAAUUGUUUGAUACUCCGGGACUUCUACAUCCUUAUUUGGUGUCCAUGAGAUUGAAUAGGGAGGAGCAGAAAAUGGUUGAGAUUCGGAAGGAGCUAAAAGCUCGAACUUACAGAAUGAAGGCAAGGCAAACCAUACAUGUUGGUGGUUUAAUGAGACUUGACCUUGUUGAAGCCAAUGUACAAACAAUUUAUGUAACCAUUUGGGCAUCACCAAAUGUGUCUUUGCACAUGGGAAAGACCGAAAAUGCUGAAGAAACUUGGAAUAAACACCUUGGCAUUAGGCUCCAGCCUCCUAUUGGCGCUGAGCGUGCAACCGAGAUAGGCAGCUUGGAAGGGAGAGACCUUAAAGUUUCUGGAACAAGUUGGGACACAAACAGCCUCGAUGUAUCGCUGGCCGGGCUAGGUUGGUUGUCUUUGGGUCUCAAAGGUGAAGCAACCUUGAAACUAUGGACAUUCGAUGGCAUCGAAAUAACUCAAAGAGAGCCGUUAGUUCUUGACCGAGCACGGUUCCUUGAAAGACCCGGUUUUUGGCUUCCUAAGGCUAUUUCCGAGGCGAUCGGUUAUCAAUCUAAGCUUGAAGCUCAACAGAAAAAGCUUCAAGAGGAAAUGUUGUCCAACACUUGAAACCAUUACUUUAUAAUAUAAAGUUUUCUUCAUACACAGUGAAAGACACUUCCCAAGAUCAACUUCAUACCAAGUUUAGGUGUUUCAACAGUUAUUUAAUUUCAUAAUAUUUGAUUGUAAAUUUUGACUAUUUUAGUAUUUAAAAAUUGAUUAAUUUGUGGUAA